CAGUGAGCAAGGUACAAGGAAAAGCCUUUUCACCUGGCUGCCUUUGAAGAAGUACUCAGACUGCCAUGGCCUCGAAAGAUUCCCAGAACCAAAACCCUAGAAGUCUGCCUGGGUUUCUUCCUCGAGCUACAAACCCAGAUCAAAACUCUCAGGAGGCUUCUUCCAGUCCCAGGAAACAGGCAAGGCAGCAGCCGGAUGUCUCUCAGCCAAGCAGUUUCCUGCCAACAGCCACUCUCCCUCCUGGUCUAGAGUAUUUAAGCCAGCUGGACCUGAUCAUCAUCCAUCAGCAGGUGGAACUUCUUGGGAUGAUCCUCGGCACUGAGACCUCCAACAAAUAUGAGAUCAAAAACAGCUUGGGACAAAGAAUUUACUUUGCGGUGGAAGAAAGCAUCUGUUUUAAUCGUAAUGUGUGUUCCACGCUGCGAGCCUGCACCCUGAGGAUCACAGACAACUCGGGUCGAGAGGUGAUUACAGUGAACAGGCCCCUAAGGUGUAACAGCUGUUGGUGCCCCUGCUACCUACAAGAGCUAGAAAUCCAAGCCCCUCCUGGUACUAUAGUUGGUUAUGUUGCACAGAAGUGGGGCCCCUUUCAGCCCAAAUUCACAAUUCAAAAUGCAAACAAAGAAGAUAUUUUGAAAAUCAUUGGUCCCUGCACAACCUGUGGCUGUUUUGGCGAUGUGGAUUUUGAGGUCAAAACUGUUGAUGAAAAGGUUACAAUUGGGAAGAUCUCCAAGUACUGGUCGGGAUUUGUCAAUGACGUGUUCACAAACGCUGACAACUUUGGGAUCCAUGUUCCAGCAGAUCUCGACGUGACACUCAAAGCAGCAAUGAUUGGUGCUUGCUUUCUCUUUGAUUUUAUGUUCUUUGAACAUUCACUUGCUGGAUUAUAACAAGCUCGAUGACGAAAACAAUAAAAUAUGCAAAACACAUUUCGAUGUCCCUUGGGCUCUGAGUUUUAUUUCAGGAUGGUCUGAGUAUUUGAUUUUUGUAUAACUAAAUGUUAAUUAUUAUAUUUAUUAAAAC